CUUCACAUGGUAUGCCAUCUCCAAGCUUGUUGCUCCACCACCGACCCUGUAACACCGCCUCUUUUCUUUUCCCCAGUCAUGAGGUCGAUCGAGAAGUGCUAAGCUUAUUUCAGGGAAAUUAAAGGAGCUGGUUCCGGUCAUUACUUGCUAACUUGGAAUUAGUAAGAUCAGUUAUAUUCCUCAAGCAAACUGUUUACAAAGAUUCCUUACAAACAACAUGCUCAAUACAACUUGGAAUACAUUCAAGAGAGUAUGAAUCUUCGAUCUACACAAUUAAGGGCAUCCUUGGCUAGCAAGUGAGCAGCCAUAUUAACAUCCCGCCAUAUAUGUCCAAUGCUCCACCCAAGGAAAGACUUCAGGAUAGCUUUAGCAUCUUCAAGGAUUAGACCACCUUGGCUCCAGUCCCUGACUGAGUUCUACAUCUGUUGAACCACUUGCAACAAGUCCCCUUCAAGGACAAAGUUUGUAACUCCAGAAUCCUCAAGAGUUGGUCUAGCCUCUUUGUGAUGGAUUGAGGGAGGAGGAAGAUGCCCAUGGUAUAUAAGGUAGGGAUGGCUUGCAAAACUGACUUGAGUAAAGUCUCUUUUCCUGCUGCUGAGAGGCAUGUUGUCUUCCAAUUUGUGAUCUUUGCCCAAGCUCUAUCAAUAAGGCUGUGAAAGGCUGCAGUUUUGGCUUUGCCAACCAUGGUAGGGAGCCCCAGAUAUUUUUCAAAGGAGCCUGAAGUCUUGAACCCAGCAAUUCUCAAGAUUGUUUUCUGGUUUUCAAGUGGGGUGUUUUUGCUAAAGAAGAUAGAUGAUUUUUUCUUGUUUAGUACCUGUCCAGAAACACUUUCAUGGAUGCCAAGAAGCCUCAUCAGGAUUUUUUGGAGUACUGAUCUGUUGCUUUGCAUUGAGGCCUCCCCAGCUACUAAUCCCAACUGUGCAGCAUACGAAGGCCAUCAUUGCAAUGGAUCCUAAAAUAUAUAACGCGGCGGCACAAGGAAACCUGGAGGCCUUGGAACAUGAUAUCUCCGAUCCACUAGAUGGGUUUCUAACAGUUAAUCAAAGUACAAUCCUACAUAUUUGCAUUUUAAGUAUCCUCGUCGAAGAAAAGUUUCCCGCCACUGGAGGAACCGACCCAGUCUCAGCGGCAAGAUUUGUGGAAGAUGUACUGAACAGGUGUCCGUCACUUUUAUUGAAAGCCAAUGCGGAAGGCGAUACUCCGUUACAUGUGGCGGCAAGGUAUGGGCAUGCUUCCAUAGUCGAAGUCCUGAUUAAACAUAAAAAAUCCCAACAUCAAGAUCUCGAAAGUGGAGUACAAGUUGAUCAAGCUACUACGGAGAUGAUUGGGAAGCAGAACAACAAGAGAGACACGGCCUUACAUGAGGCUGUACGUUACAAUUACAUUGAAGUGGUAAAACAAUUACUAACGGUGGUAGAUCCAGAAUUUCCUUUUGGUGCUAAUGCUGCUGGUGAGACCCCACUUUACUUGGCUGCCAAGGGACGCUUUCCAGAUUUGGUGUCAGAAAUUAUAAACAAAUUCAUGUCACCAGCUUAUGAUGGACCCUUGGGUGAAACUGCUUUGCAUGCUGCAGCAUUUUGGGAUGAUGAAGGAAUGACCCAAAACAUUUUGGAAAGAUACGGAGGCGAUCUAUGUAAACAAGCAGACCAAAAAGGUUGGACUCCGCUUCACAUGGCUGCAUACAAGAACAACAUUGAGCCAACAAAACUGUUGUUGAAAUCUGAUGUUGAGGUAGCAUAUGUGAAAGACGCAGAGGGUAGGACAGCUCUUCACAUUGCAGCUUAUUGCAACAACAGCUUGGUGACGGAAGUGAUUAUAUCAAUGUGUCCGGAUUGUGGCGAAGUGGUUGACAAUGAAGGCCGCAAUGCACUCCAUCUCGCCGUGAUGAUGACCAAGUUGCGGCCAGAUGUAGCGCUAAUGAUCCAAGAUAAUUCGCCUCUCCGGAAUCUUUUGAAUCAGAAGGACAACGACGGGAAUACACCUCUCCAUCUCUAUUGCAAAUCUGAUGGUUACCACAAGCGUGUCCUGACUUCUCCAAGAGUUGACAAAAUGGUCUUCAACAAAGAGAACCAGACUGCUUAUCAAAUCUUAAGAAGUAAAAACUUUCAAACUGGUGAUGAUCUUAAGAAGAUGAAGAACAUUUUUGAAGAAAGAGAAGAUUAUAGGUUCUUUAACAAUGGACGAGUAUUAGAAGUUGGGUAUGCUGACAAUAAUAUGGAGGAGCUGAAGGGGGAGGAUGUGAAGUUGAAGCAGGAGAGGGAGAAACUGAUGGAAGAGGAGGGUAAAGCGGCUCAAGUCCAUUUGGUUGCUGCUGUACUCAUUACAACCGUGACCUUUGCAGCAGGUAUUAACAUGCCGGGGGGCUUCAUUGGUGGAGAUGAUCAUCCACAUCCAGGCUCUGCAGUUUUGGAACAAAGUGUUGCUUUCAAAGUAUUCAUCAUUACAAACGCCUUAGCGUUGAUGCUAUCUUGUUCUGCAGUCUUUAUCCACCUAUUUAUUCCGCUUAUGCCUUCUGAAGACUUGUUCAAAACGCGCACACGUUUUCUUCAACUGGCCUUUUGGUUCCUUCUCUCCUCCAUGGCACCAAUGGUUUUGGCCUUUGUGACAGCAUGCAGAGGCGCCAUCAUUGCAAUGGAUCCUAAAAUCUAUAAAGCGGCAGCGAAAGGCAACCUGGAGGUCUUGGAACAUGAUAUCUCCCAUCCACUUGAUGGGUUUUUAACAGUUAAUCAAAAUACAAUCCUACAUAUUUGCAUUUUAAGUAUCCUUGUUGAGGAAGAGUUUCUUGCCAUUGGAGGAACCGACCCAGCCUUAGCGGCAAAAUUUGUGAAAGAUGUACUGGACAACAACGGGAAUACACCUCUCCAUCACUAUUCCAAGUCUUUUUGGUACCACGAGCGUGUCCUGAAUUCUCCAAGAGUUGACAAAAUGGUCUUCAACAAAAAGAACCAGAAUGCUUAUCAAAUGAUCUUAACAAGUAAAAGCUUUCCAACUGAUGAUGAUGAUGAUAAGAAGAAGAUGAGGGCUUUUGUAGAGAGGGAAGAUAAUGGCCUUUUCCAAGUGCAUGAUUGACUAUUAGAAGUCGGGUAUGAUGAAAUUGAGAAGAAGACACAAGAGACGGAGCGCCAGGAGAUGGAGAUGGCGGCGAGGAAGAAAAUUGGAAGGAAGAAAAAGAUGGAAGAGGAGGAUAAAGGGGCUCAAGCCCAUUUGUAGUUGCUGCACUCAUUACUACCGUGACCUUUGCAGCAAGCAUUACCAUGCCCGGGGGCUUCGUUCGUGGAGAUGAUCAUCCACAUCCAGGCUUUGCAGUUUUGGGAAAAAGUGCUGCUUUCAAAGCAUUCGUCAUUACAAACGCCCUAUCGUUGAAUUCUCCAAGAGUUGACAAAAUGGUCUUUAACAAAGAGAACCAGACUGCUCUUCAAAUCUUAAGAAGUAAAAGCUUUCCAACUGUUGAUGAAAAGCCCAACAAAUAUUUUACAGAAGAUGGUGAUGGAUUCUCGAAAAGAUCAAAAAAAUUUUAGGUUCCUUUACUAUAGACGAGUAUUAGGAGUCAGGUAUGAUGAAAUUGAGAAGAACAUGAUGCCGCAGGAGGAGGAUGGGGAGUCGAAGCAAGAGAGGGAGAAAAAGAGGGAAGAGGAGGGUAAAGCGGCUCAAGCCCAUUUGGUUGUUGCUGCACUCAUUACAACCGUGACCUUUACUGCGGGCAUUACCAUGCCCGGGGGCUUUAUUGGUGGAGAUGAUCAUCCACAUACAAGCUCUGCAGUUUUGGAAAAAAGUGUUGCUUUCAAAGUAUUCAUCAUUAUGAGCCCCUAGCAUUGAUGCUAUCUAGUUUUGCUAUCUUUAUCCACCUAUUUAUUCUGUUUGUCCAUUCUAAAUACUACUUAAAAAUGCGCACAAGUUGUUAUGGUGACAA